AUGUCCACUGACCCCACCGCACCUUCCAACGGCUCGGCGACCGACCCCAUGGCUGACGCGUCCGCCGCCCUUCUCCAGGCCGCAAACGCGACGCCGUCCAAGGGGAAGGACAAGGCGUCCGUCGCACCCGCUGCUGAAGAGGAGGAGGACAGCAGUGAUGAGGAGGAGGAAGAGGCAGAGGAAGACUUGGCGAUGGAGGAAGACGAUCUCGGGGAGAUUGAUCCCUCUGCCAUUCUGGCACCAGGCGCGCGCCGUAGCACACGUGGCGCACGUGUCAAUUACGCGUCUGCAGAGGCUCUCGAGAAGGCUGGACUGAAGCCCGAAGAUCUGGAGGACGAGCAGGAGGAGAACUACGUCGCCGACGAGAAGAUGGAGGACGACUAG